AUGUCCGACUACUACAGCAAUGUCGAGCCUGGGCUGGGGGCGGGCUCUGGCAACGACUCGGGUCGGCGUCAGGCAGACCCAGAUGCGAACAUGACGCUCACCAAGCCCGUGGGAGACUCUACCAAGGACACUGACUCAAACGACCACAACAAGGAGUACGAAACGAUUCUGGAUCUGAACGACGCCGAGCAGCUGCGGUUCAUCGCCGAGCAACUGGAGUCUUUACAUGGGGAUGGAGACAAGGCGGACCCCAACGAAGAGCCUCAGAACGACGACUUCUCCAUUCAGCCAGCUGAUUUUGAUUACACAGAUACAUCUCAACAGCAACAGCAGCAGCUACAUCAUCAACAACAACAGCAACAGCAGGAUCAGUCUCAAGCUGCACGAAUAUCGCCUGACGACGAGUUCAGAUACUCUAUUGACUCGCGAAGACAGUUGUUGAUCGACUCGUUACCAGUGCUCGAUAACCUGGCCAUGCAGAUUCUCAACACUGUGGGUCGCCAGCCAUACCAGACGACGCUCACCAUGGUCACGGAGCCCGACUCAGAUCUCGGACAGAGCUUCUCCAUUCUCAUGUCGCUGUUCGACCAGACCAAACGGUUGUACUCGCAGUCGGAGCCCUUCAUCUCAGGCAUAUCCCUCGGAAUUAGGAAUAGAGAGCAGAAGGGCAUUGUACAAAAGGCCAACAUGGCCACGUUCUGUGCGGCUGUGUUCGGAUUCGCAGAGGUCGGCUUCUACCAUCUGCACGAGUUCUUCCUGGACUCGUUUGUGCCAGAUAAUAUGCGUCUGCUGAAAUCACAUGGUGCGCUGUUUCUGGAGCUCAAAACACAGGCGUACAUUUCGGCCAUGUCGCAGAACGAAAAGUCCAAGACGGAGAUUCUCAACGACCUGUUCCCCAUGGACCUGGACCGCAUGUUGAUCAACCGGCGAAACUCCAAGAGCCUGGCCCCUUCCGAAGUUGACUUUGUGUCGCGGUGUCGGUCGCGCCGAGAGCGACUCUUCAACGCCAAUUCCACGGCAGAACUAUCAGACACGUACAGUUGGCUGUCGUUCCUGAAAGAGGUCGUGGAACAUGUUUCCAAGGUGUACCUGGCCACCCUAGUCAGCAAAAAAGCUUCUACACAGGGUCCGAGUUCCAUCCCUUUGUUUUCCUCUCCGUCGGCCAGUUCUGCACCUAGUGGUACCAACUCUGUGGCUGUUUCAACUCCAACUUCUCCCAGAAUGGCACGAAGGCAAAAGCCCACAAACGAGCUCUCUAUGCCUGUAGAGGAGGACGAGGAGGCCGCCCGGUUUGCAGCAGCGCGCCCCAAUGUGCCUGUCCGUCGUCCCUGGAGCAAAGCAGAAGAAGCUGCAUUGAUGAACGGUCUUCGAACAGUGAAUGGUCCGUAUUGGUCGCAGAUUCUGGAGAUUUACGGACCAGGAGGUACAGUUUCAGAGGUGCUCAAGGACAGAAACCAGGUACAGCUCAAGGAUAAAGCACGAAACCUGAAACUGUACUUCCUAAAAGCCGGAGUCAAGGUGCCUGACUGCUUGCAGUUUGUUACUGGAGGGAUCAAAAAGGGAACUCGAGGAAGAAGGGGAGGAGCUGUUGAGCAGCGACAGAGAGUGCAGCCACAACAAGUUAUGCAACAAGUGCAGCAGCAGGGUCAGCAGCAGGGUCAGCAGCAGGGUCAGCAGCAGGGUCAGCAGGGUCAGCAGGGUCAGCAGCAGCAACAACAACAGCAACAGGGUCAGCAGCAGCAGGGUCAACAACGGCAACAGCAGCAGCAGCAGCAGCAACCCCAGCAACAGGUUCAGCCUCAGCAGUCGCACCAACAGAACCCCAACAUGCAGUUCCAGCUGCACAACAUUCAGCAAAUGUCACAGCAGCUGCCUCCUCUGAGUCACGUGCAUCCUAAUCUCCAGCAACAGCAGCAUCAGCAUCAACAGCAGCAGCAGCAGCAGCAGCAGCAGCAACAGCAUCAACAACAGCAGCACCAAAACUCACUUCAGCAACAUCCACACGAUAGAACGCACGAGGAAGACUCGAUGCGGGCGGCCGAAGCAGCCGCGCAGAUUGCAGCCAGCCUGUCGCAUCUGGAUGAUGAGGAUAAUACCCUGAUUCAAAAGGUGGGGGCGUUUAUCAAUAAUUAG